AUGGAGGGAUCCCUCCAGCAGCAGCAGCCCCACAAGCUCCACCCCCAACCCCGACACGUCGCUUCGGGUUCGUCGGGGUCCACGUCUUCGCCCGAACUGGCAGCGGCGCAGACGGAAGACGACUACUACGCGCGGGGAGGGGAGAAGAAGGGGCGGGUCAAGCAGGUCGGCAGGGGCAGGAAGCGCCACCUGGACCAGACCCAGGACGACGACACCGUCGACUACUCCUACCACCACCACCCGCGGUCCGCUUCCUCCACCUCCACUACUUCGAGUCUCUACGCGCACCCCGCAAAGUCCCCCAAGCGGCCCCGCACCUUCGACGAGCUCGAGGAGCGGGCUGCAGCCUCUGACGAGAAGCAGCAGAGCGCGGGCUCCACCGACGAAGACCACCUGGUGGUGCAGCAGUACCAGGAAAUGCCAGACCGCGAUGAAGAAGAAGAUGAAGAAGCGAGCCACCACGUAGAGGAAGAAGAAGUAGAAGAGGAAGAUUACGACGAGGUGCCCCACCCGCCGCCCCGAACCUGGGUGGCCAAGGCCGAGUGGGCGCUCGGGCGACUGGGCGGCCGGGGCACGCUGGCCGACAUCUACGCGACCAUCGAGGACGCGUUCCCCGAGGAGAUCGACGGCAAGCGCAACUGGAAGGCCGCCAUCCGCUCGUGCCUCUCCAAGAACGAGAAGAAUAAGUUCUUCAAGCCCGAGACCAUGUCGGCCGCCAAGGGCGACCACGUCUGGUGCCUCGCCGCCUCUACACCACGACGCGCCACUACCACCACCACCAAACGCGGGCGUCCCGCGGGACGAGCCCGGAAGCCGCCGAGUCGAACACAAGGCCGCCGCCGAUCCCUCGCCGAUGAGAGGAAAGCGGUGGAGGAGAAGAAGGAGAAGGAGGAGGAGGUGAAGUUUGCGGUUCCCGUGCUGCCGGCGAGACGUGAGAAGAAGAAGGAGAAGGAGGAGGAGCGCGGGCGACUGGAGACGCUCCUGCGGUGGAAGCAGCAGCUGGAGCAGGACAUCAGCCGACUGCAGGAGGAGGUCAACGAAGACGGCCUCUCGGCCGACCAGGAGGACUUCCUGAGCCAGCUGCUGGCAUGA